AUGGCUUCCCAGAGUCGCACCCUGCCCGUCCUCGUGGCCGCCGCAUGCUGCGUGGCUGUGCUUCGCAGCUUCUUGCCAACGAGCCAGCAGACCUUUGUGGCACCUCAGCAGAGUGUCCACAUGGGUUGCCAGGCCUUGUCGGGUGGCGCUCUGGCCUCCGGCAACGUGCCUGCCAUCGUCAACACAGUCCCCGCUCGCCCUGGUGUGCCCGCCCACUUCAAGGUGACUCUUGAGACUCCUGAUGGCACUCAAUCCUUCGCAUCUUGGCAGCACUUUUCUGCAACACAUGAAUGCCCCGAAGAUGUGUACAUCCUCGAUCAGGCUGAGGAGGAGGGUUUGGAGCUGCCCUACUCCUGCCGCGCGGGCUCUUGCUCCAGCUGCGCUGGCAAGGUCCUGGAGGGCGAGAUUGACCAAAGCGAUCAGGCAUUCCUGGACGAUGACCAGAUGGGCGAGGGCUUCUGCCUCACCUGUGUGACGUAUGCCACCUCCGACGUCACCAUCAAGACCCACUGCGAAGAUGAGUUGUGA